GCCUUUCCCUUCCUCUCUCUCUCUCUCUCUGCGCGCUUUAAAGUCUCCGCCAGGCUCCCGGCUCGCCUCUUGGAGAGAGAGACUUCCUGCCGGGAAGAAUGGAAAGCUUCCAGCCGCGGCUCCGGCUCUCGCCCUUGGCUCGCUUCCUCGGCAGCUUCCUCGCCUUCCAGCCGCGGGAUGGAGUGAGCUCUGCGCCGGGAAGAAGGACCCUCCGCUCCUGCUGAAGGAGAAGAAGCAGCAGAUUGGGAGAGAGAAAUUGGGAGAGAUUGGGAGAGAUUGAGAGAGAGGGAAGAAGGCACCCUCGCUUGGCUUUGCGCCUUCUUCUUCUUCCUUUCGCCUCCUCUCCGAGAAUGCCUUCCCCGCAUGAGGAGCCCCGCCACUGAGCCGCUCUCGCUUCGGAUCCUGCUCCGGAUCGCAAGGAAGUUGCCCGAGCUCCUUUCGGGCUGAACUCUGAAACAAAAUAUCCUCCGAGAGGCAUCUUUACGAAGGAAGGAAGGGGAGCAAAGUCGGUUUGUUUUGGGUGCCUGGGACUGGAAGGGACCCUCUCCCCCCAAAAGACCCUUCUCGAGCCGGCCUCCUCUCCUUUGUUUCCGGCCAGAGGGCAGCCUAGUGUGCAAGUUUUGCGCCUUUCCACCAAGUUUGGGCUUUUUGGUUGGCGUGCCGGGAUCUCUCCGGCCGGGGAAGCCUUUCCCUCUGUAGCUCCAGACCUGUCGAUCAGUACAAAGAGAAGACCCAUCCGCCCCUUUUUGCCCUUUUCGAUGUUCGGCUUUGGACAUGCGGAGGCUACUGCAACCGUGUUGCUGGAUCUUUUUCUUCAAAAUCACCGUCUCCGUGCUCCAUUACGUGGUGUGUUUCCCCGCUUUGACUGAAGGUUAUGAUGGCUCCCUUCAUGAAAGCAGACAUGGCAGUUCAGUGCAGAUUCGGCGGCGGAAGGCAUCUGGGGAUCUUUACUGGGCAUACUCAGGUGCAUACGGUCCUGAGCACUGGGUUAGUUCAAAUUCGGACUGUGGGAGAACUCACCAGUCUCCAAUAGACAUCAUCGAUCAUCAGACACACGUUGGAGAAGAAUAUCAAGAAAUACACCUAGUUGGUUUUGAUAAUGAAUCUUCAAAUAAAACUUGGAUGAAAAAUACUGGGAAAACAGUUGCUAUCCUUCUAAAAGAUGAUUACUUCAUCAGCGGUGCUGGACUCCCAGGCAGAUUCAAAGCUGAGAAAAUUGAGUUUCACUGGGGUCAGAGUAACGGCUCAGCUGGCUCAGAACACAGCAUCAAUGGGAGGAGAUUCCCUGUUGAGAUGCAGAUUUAUUUCUACAAUCCUGAUGACUUUGACAGCUUUGGAUCAGCUGUCCAAGAGAAAAGAAUAAUAGGAGCGAUGGCUGUAUUUUUUCAGGUCAACCAGAGGGAUAAUCCAGCACUGGAACCUAUUAUCCACGGGUUGAAGGGUGUCGUCCAUCAUGAGAAAGAGACCUUCUUGGAUCCUUUCGUGUUAAGGGAUAUCCUGCCUGCAUCUCUGGGAAGUUACUAUCGGUAUGCAGGGUCCCUGACUACCCCACCUUGCAGCGAGAUUGUGGAGUGGAUAGUUUUUCGAAUGCCUGUCCCCAUCUCUUAUCGCCAGCUGGAAGCCUUUUAUUCCAUAUUUACCACGGAACAGCAAGACCACGUCAAAUCCGUGGAAUAUCUGAGGAAUAAUUUCCGGCCUCAACAGAGUCUGAACAACAGGGUAGUUUCCAAGUCUGCCGUGAAGGAUGCUUGGAACCAAGUCUCAACCAGCAUAUUUGAAAAUCCACUCGGUACUGAAGCCUCCAAAGUUUGCAGUACUCCUCCUGUCAACAUGAAAGUGAAAUCAGUGAACAGAACAGCCUUGCUGGUGACCUGGAAUCAACCAGAGAUGAUCUAUCAUCCUCCCAUUAUGAACUAUAUGAUUUCCUACAGCUGGACUAAAAAUGAAGAUGAAAAGGAGAAGACUUUCACGAAGGACAGUGACAAGGACCUGAAAGCCAUCAUUAGCCAUGUCUCACCUGACAUCCUUUAUCUGUUCAGAGUUCAAGCAGUUUGCCGAAAUGACAUGCGCAGUGAUUUUAGCCAGACAAUGCUUUUUCAAGAUAACACAACUCGGAUUUUCGAAGGGACCAGAAUAGUAAAAACAGGAGUGAAUAAUGGGCACAAUGGAGUGUUUGGAAAGAAAAGGAAAACAAAAGGAAAAAAGAGCCGAGGUAGCAUGUCAGGUACCUCUACUGAUGCUCUCUCUGCUGUGUUUUCUUCUCUUGUUCCCCCUGGUGAUUUCUUCAAGCCUACAGCUUCGCCGGCACCUUCAGCCGACAUGGCUCCCAUCAGUUCUGGAUCUUCUACUUGGACCUCCUCUGGCCUCCCCUUUUCUUUUGUGUCCAUGGCCACUGGGAUGGGGCCUUCUUCUAGUGGGAGCCAAGCAACAGUGGCUUCAGUGGUCACCAGCACCUUGCUUGCUGGCCUUGGGUUUAGCGGGAGUGGUAUUUCCUCUUUCCCUAGUACUGUUUGGCCAACUCGACUCCCAACAUCUGCUUCUUCCAACAAGCAGUCUGCAAGGCCGGUUGUGGCCACUACUGAAGCAUUGUCUUCUCCAGGGCCAGACAGUGAUUCUGCUCUCCCAAAAGACAAUGAAGGAGCAGAGGAUGGAGAGAAAGAUGAGAAAAGUGAAAGUGAGGAUGGUGAAAGAGAGCAUGAAGAAGAGCGGGAAAAGGAUUCAGAAAAGAAAGAAAAGAGCGCGACGACAGAGGCUGCUGAUGUACAGGAUAACAGUGAGGUUACAAACACCACUCUUGCUCCCAACAGAACUACAGAGGAGGGAGGGAAUAAAACCAUACCUGAUCGAGAGCAUAGCCAAAACAUUCUCCCAACGGGUAGGACGCCCAAAGGAGAAGGAAUUGCAGAACUAGACACUCAGUUUGAAAUAAUCUCAUCCACCCAAGUGCCACCAGCAUUCACAGAUGAACAAUACACUCGUGAAAUUCCAAGAAGACCUGACACAGCAUCAGUGACAACGUUUCCAAAAGAUAACAGAUUUAUUACUAUUAAUCCAGCAGACAAGAAUAUUUCCAGUAUGGCAACAAGACCAGCUCCUGGAAAAAUGGAAUGGAUCAUUCCGCUCAUCGUAGUCUCAGCCUUGACAUUUGUGUGCCUCAUUCUUCUUAUUGCUGUGCUAGUUUACUGGAGAGGGAGUAACAAAAUAAAGUCCAAGGGCUUGACCCGCUAUUUCCAUGGAGUCUCUUCUUCUCAGGACAGAGGAAAGAAGGGGAACAGAAAAUGUUUCCAGACAGCUCACUUCUACGUGGAAGACAGCAGUUCACCUCGAGUGGUGCCAAACGAAACCAUUCCCAUUAUUCCCAUUCCAGAUGACAUGGAAGCCGUUCCUGUCAAACAGUUUGUUAAGCAUAUUGGUGAACUGUAUGCCAACAACCAGCAUGGAUUCUCAGAAGACUUUGAGGAAGUGCAGCGUUGUACAUCCGACAUGAACAUCACCGCUGAACAUUCCAAUCACCCCGACAACAAGCACAAAAACAGAUAUAUCAACAUUUUAGCAUAUGAUCACAGUAGAGUGAAGCUAAGACCUUUACCAGGAAAAGACUCGAAGCACAGUGACUACAUUAAUGCCAAUUAUGUCGACGGUUACAACAAAGCAAAAGCCUACAUUGCCACCCAGGGACCUUUGAAGUCAACAUUUGAAGAUUUCUGGAGAAUGAUUUGGGAGCAAAACACUGGAAUUAUCGUCAUGAUUACAAACCUUGUGGAAAAAGGAAGAAGAAAAUGUGACCAAUACUGGCCAACAGAAAACAGUGAAGAAUAUGGCAACAUCAUUGUCACACUGAAGAGCACAAAAGUACAUGCUUGCUAUACAGUCCGACGUUUCACAGUCAGGAAUGCAAAAAUGAAAAAGGGGAACCCUAAAGGACGUCAGAAUGAAAGGACAGUCAUUCAGUACCACUACACACAGUGGCCUGAUAUGGGUGUGCCUGAGUAUGCACUGCCAGUGCUGACAUUUGUGAGAAGAUCUUCUGCAGCCAGAACUGCUGAUAUGGGCCCUGUGGUCGUUCACUGCAGUGCUGGCGUUGGCAGAACUGGUACCUACAUUGUUAUAGACAGUAUGCUGCAACAGAUAAAAGACAAAAGCACAGUGAAUGUCCUGGGUUUUUUGAAACACAUCAGGACACAGCGCAACUACCUCGUCCAGACAGAGGAACAGUAUGUUUUUAUUCACGAUGCCUUGUUGGAAGCCAUUCUUGGGAAAGAGACGGAAGUUUCUGCCAACCAGCUACACAGCUAUGUUAAUAGCAUCCUCAUACCUGGAAUUGGGGGCAAGACUCGACUAGAGAAACAGUUCAAGCUGGUUAUGCAGUGCAAUGCAAAAUAUGUGGAGUGCUUCAGCGCCCAGAAGGACUGCAACAAAGAAAAGAAUAGGAACUCAUCAGUAGUGCCAUCCGAGCGAGCAAGAGUGGGACUAGCACCAUUACCUGGAAUGAAGGGGACUGAUUACAUUAAUGCCUCUUAUAUCAUGGGCUACUACCGGAGCAACGAGUUCAUCAUCACACAGCAUCCCCUGCCACACACAACUAAAGAUUUCUGGCGAAUGAUCUGGGAUCACAAUGCACAGAUCAUUGUCAUGCUUCCAGAUAACCAGAGCUUAGCAGAGGAUGAGUUUGUGUACUGGCCAAGUCGGGAGGAAUCCAUGAAUUGUGAAGCAUUUACUGUGACCCUUAUCAGCAAAGACAGGCUGUGCCUCUCUAAUGAGGAGCAGAUCAUCAUCCAUGACUUUAUCCUUGAGGCUACUCAGGAUGACUAUGUUUUGGAAGUACGUCAUUUUCAGUGUCCCAAAUGGCCAAACCCAGAUGCUCCAAUAAGCAGUACCUUUGAGCUUAUCAAUGUAAUUAAGGAAGAGGCCUUAACAAGAGAUGGCCCCACCAUUGUUCAUGACGAAUAUGGAGCAGUGGCAGCUGGAACUUUAUGUGCCCUUACCACCCUGUCCCAACAGCUGGAGAAUGAAAAUGCAGUUGAUGUUUUCCAGGUGGCAAAGAUGAUCAAUCUGAUGAGGCCUGGAGUAUUCACAGACAUUGAGCAGUACCAAUUUCUUUACAAAGCAAUGCUAAGCCUGGUCAGCACUAAGGAAAAUGGAAAUGGCCCCAUGGCACUGGACAAAAAUGGUGCCGUUAUGGCCAACGACGAAUCUGAUCCUGCAGAAAGCAUGGAGUCUCUUGUCUAAUUGGAAUAUUAAAAAGGCACUUAAUUUGUGGGAUUUCUGAAGACUGAGUGUACUUUUUGAGGCCUUUUUUGCCAGACUCUAGGUUAUACAAUAACCCAAUUACUUUUUUACACUGAUAAAAAGUUUUGAUAUUUAUUUUUGCCAUUUUAUGUCUUAAUGGUAUCCUACUGAGCAUUUGCACCUCUGUUUAUUUCACACAGUGAAACGCAAUUUUAUCUAGUUUGCACUAUAUGAUCAGUGUUAACUGCCUAUAAAGUUGUAAUACAAAAGCAAGCAAGCAAGCAAACAAACCCUGAUGACAUUCCAUGACAACAAACAUGAUGCUAAUUAGUUGAAAUGCCAUGAAGUUUUGUUAAUUACUAUGAGCCUUGACUCUGAAGUCUUGAGUACUAGACUGGGAUUCUUUUUUUUCCUACAAGAAAAUGCUGUACUCUUCAACACUUUUGAAUACUUACUUGUUUAAUUUUCAUAUACCGUAACUUUGGUAAUUGUUAUAGGUCUUCUGUAUUGCGGUAACAUGGAUGAGUAUUCUUUAAUUUUGGGGAGGGGAAGAGUGCUGGGAUGAUCACUAGCUAGAUUGAAGUGCAAGCGUAGGUUGAGUAACUGUUUUACAUUCUUUUGGAUUUUUCUUUUGUUUACAUGGAGACCUAUAGAUUGCUUUCUAUGUAACACAAAUAAUUACAUUCCCCAAACAGAGAACAACUCAGAUCUAAGAACCAGUCUUAUAUAACUUCACCGAGCCCCCAGUUAUUCUUAAUAAGAUUUUUAUUUCAAUAUGGGAAAUAUUCUGACCAUGUUUCCAUAACAGACACUUUAAUACUAAAAGGUGCAAAAUGUACAAUCAAGUCAUUUUCUUCUGAAAGCAUUUAAGUGGCAAUAUUCC